AUGGCUGCUCUUUCCACCACUCAGACCAAUCUUCUUUCCAGAAUCUCUAAGCCUUCGGUGGAACGGUCAGUCAAGCACGACUCUGCUCCAGGCCGCCCAAAGACAUAUGACUGGAUUUCGACGAAACGAAAGCGAGAUAUUGAUGACUUGAGAGAAAGCAGUGGUGUGGUGCCAGCGCUUCCUGUAUGCAAGAAGCCAAAACUUUUCUUUGCACAAUCUGGCCACCCAGUGUUUGCUUUCGAAACCAACCAGGUCUCCCGCCCCUCACUUCAAUCGACACCCAUUAACAAGGCUCGAUCUCCGCCUGCAACAUCAACGCUUUCACUUGUAUGCCACAACUUGUCACAACCCAUCCGUACUCUUAUCACGCUGCACAAAUACUUCUUGCAAGCACUCUCUCUUCACUACGCCCAUAGCAGAGGUCAUGCGCCAGCUGAGCUUGGAAGACUUCUCGAGACUGUUACGAGGCUAUGGAAGGAAAGAUCAGUCACAAAAGAGGAUAUACAAAGAAUGUUGGCAUUGUACGAGGUUAAAGUAGAGAUUGCGCUGCCUGAUGGAAUGGAUCUAAUCCAAUCUUUGAGUCCAUUCAAGCUUGUAACAGCUGGCUCGUGCAACAGUAUCGAGUUUUUCGUCCAGCGAAAGAAGACUGGAGAGCCCAUAUCUUCUUCGUUUGUCGAAAAGGACCUGCAGGAGUCGUACCGGUCUCACAUCUAUAGGUUGGAAUCCGCCUGGAUCAAACAUCAACAUGAACAUCUUUCAUUCUUCGAUGAAGACGCCUCUCUCGACGACUUUCCCAGGCUUGCCUUCAGUAUCGGCACACAAACCGCAGCCCGCAAAGCCCAGGCUUCAAAACAACGUGGGGAAAUCUUGAAAUUAUCGAGUGCUGCUCAAAUCCGGAAUGAGAAGGCAUCAACCUCGCGGCGAGACCCAAUCACCGAACUGAUUUCACGUGAAAUUACGUCGACCGAGCGUAAGAAGCAAGACCUCCUUGAUCGCAUCAAAGCAAAAGAGCUCGCACUUAAAGCCCGGGCUAAGCCUACAGCUGAACAGAUCCUUCGCAAACACGCCCUAGACAGGAUUCCGGAGGUGGUCGACGUCCUAAGGAUGAUGCAGCAGCAGCAGCAGAAAGGAGAAUCCAAAUCGAGGGUUUAUGAUAACAACUCGAACGCCUUCAAGUCAGCCAACCGAUCUGGGAAAGUAUCUUUCAACCGGACGCAGAUCAGGGACAACAUCAAGAGCUCCACCAGUGUUCCUAUUUCUGACGAAGAGGUGAUGAUGUGUCUGAAGAUGCUCAGCGACGAGCUAGACGGGAGUUGGGUGCAGAUGGUUGAGACAGGGUCCACAUCAAAGACUGUCUUUGUGGUGAUUGAGGGCGAGGGUAUGAGUGGUAAGGAGGUGCAGAGACGACUUACAGCCCAGAUGGUCUAG